CCGCCCCGCGUUCUCGAGCUGCCCGCGAGCGGCGGCGCGGACGAGCGGCUGGGACCCGCCAGGCCGAGACCAUGGACCGAUUCGUGUGGACCAGCGGCCUCCUGGAGAUCAACGAGACCCUGGUGAUCCAGCAGCGCGGGGUGCGCAUCUACGAUGGCGAGGAGAAGAUAAAAUUCGACGCUGGGACCCUCCUUCUUAGUACGCACCGGCUGAUUUGGAGAGAUCAGAAAAAUCAUGAGUGCUGCAUGGCCGUCCCGCUGGCGCAGGUCGUGUUCAUCGAAGAGCAGGCGGCGGGCAUCGGGAAGAGUGCCAAAAUCGUGGUUCACCUGCACCCGGCUCCUGCUAACAAAGAGCCAGGCCCCUUCCAGAGCAGCAGGAACUCCUACAUCAAACUCUCCUUCAAGGAGCAUGGCCAGAUCGAGUUUUACAGGCGUUUGUCGGAGGAAAUGACGCAGAGACGGUGGGAGACCAUGCCGGCGCCCCAGUCCUUCCAGGCCAGCCGCGGACCCCAGCCAGGAAGAAUAAGGGCUGUUGGAAUUGUAGGCAUUGAAAGGAAACUGGAAGAAAAAAGAAAAGAAACCGACAAAAACAUUUCCGAGGCCUUUGAAGACCUCAGCAAGCUAAUGGUCAAGGCCAAGGACAUGGUGGAGCUCUCCAAGUCCAUUGCGAACAAGAUCAAAGACAAGCAAGGCGACAUCACAGAGGACGAGACCAUCAGGUUUAAGUCCUAUUUGCUGAGCAUGGGAAUAGCUAACCCAGUUACCAGGGAAACCUGCGGCUCAGGCACUCAGUACCACAUGCAGCUGGCCAAGCAGCUGGCUGGGAUACUGCAGGCACCUCUGGAGGAGCGAGGCGGCAUCAUGUCGCUCACGGAGGUGUACUGCUUGGUGAACAGAGCCCGAGGGAUGGAGUUGCUCUCACCAGAAGACUUGGUGAACGCAUGCAAGAUGCUGGAGGCCCUAAAGUUACCUCUCAGGCUGCGGGUGUUCGACAGCGGCGUCAUGGUCAUCGAGCUCCAGUCCCACAAGGAAGAGGAAAUGGUGGCCUCGGCCCUGGAGACGGUUUCAGAGAAGGGGUCCCUAACGUCAGAAGAGUUCGCCAAGCUGGUGGGCAUGUCUGUCCUCCUGGCUAAAGAAAGGCUGCUUCUCGCAGAGAAGAUGGGCCACCUUUGCCGGGACGACUCCGUGGAAGGCUUGCGGUUUUACCCGAAUUUAUUCAUGACACAGAGCUAAGGGACUUUUGUAUUUUAAACACUUUCUCAUCCAUAGUCCGGCGUUGUGUAGAGUUUGUGUGACAUCGAGCUAAGAAUAAACACCGAUACACUGAGAAUCCACCGGAGCUCUGCAGCGCAACGUAAAACCCUUUCAAUUUCUCCCUAAAUAUUACGGUCUCGGAAGCUGAUUUAGGGCAAGUCCAGGAAAAUACAGAAAAAUGGAUGCCAACGUGAAUUCGAACUCAUGCCACAGUUGUAUCGAACCCUCACGGUUUACCUUGAAAUACGGUGGAUUUUGGCUUGACCUUCAGACCUCACCAUUCUCUAAAGAAAGGAAUUUGGUUCGUGGGGGAAGAAAAAGAAACACGUGUCUGGGCAGGCUAGGUCGUUACUUCGGUGUGACCGAAACGCACUGGCUUGUAAAUAAGUGCAGUUUGUCUGUGUCUAAUGUGCCCCUUUCGGGGGUUUCCACGGAGCAAGCCCCGCCGCCGUGCCCUUCGAGGACCCGCCGGCGUUGGAGCAGAGCGUCCGCAUGCACAGCGCCACCCGAGGCCGCUGCCGGGGGCCCUGCGCCACAGGGGUCACGGCGUCUCCCCCCAGACCCAGUGAAGCACCUUACAAGUGGAGGGAAUUUUAUUCGACUUGCGUAGGUAUUAUCUGACUCGUUUCUUUUUUUUUCAAGCGGCAGUUUCAUGCCUGGCAUGUAAAGAAUGCAACUAUGUCAUUUGUUCAAGAACGCUGUGCAUUUUGAAGCCGAAUUAAAGAGCUGUGUGGGCACGCCCGGAGUUACGACUGCAGAUUUGGGAAGCAGAUGGCUCAGGCAUUCCCUAGGACCGUGUGUGGGUGCAGGGGCCGGGAGAAGCUUUGACCAGUGUGGGGACCUUGGUGCCCUUUGACCUCAUGGCCAAGGCAUAGGAGUGGAAAAGUAACGUCUCCUUUUCCUUUCCUCAAGGAGUUUCCACCCUGAACUUGUAGAAAUCUUGCUAUCAUAUUCUAGCAAUUAUUUUUUCCUCACCUCAUACAUAAUACAUCAUGUGGAGAAACUUUCCGGCUGAAAAAUACUACGGAGGUGGCAAAAACUGUCCCACACUGAGUGUAGGUGGCUCAGGUGUUCCCAUGGCCUCUCUGACUUCCUGUGUCUGGCUGUACAGCUCGAGGUUCGUAGGGUGCACCUCCAACUCGGGGGCCUGACAGCCACCAAGGGGACCCUCCUCCUGAGACUGAGUCAUGGGGGGGACUGGACCGAUGGGUUUUGGCCAAGUCUCCGGAGGGACGGGCUCUGUGUGGAGGGAACCACUGAGAGCCAGAGGAGGCAGUCCCCAGUGUCACACCCUGGGGUCCCUGAGAUGUCCUCGCUAAGUGAAGAGGCUGCUCCAGGUGCCCUCUGGGAGGGGUCCCCGUAGGAGCAGCCAGAGUCCAUCCCUGAUCCCACCAGAAAGUGGCCGUGGCCACAGCCGCCGCACCACCUCCAGUGUCUCCGGAAUGUGCAGUGGCUGAGGCGUCCUGCCCCAGGCUUCACUCUGCAGACCCGCAGCCGAUGCUGCAUGGUGACCGAUGCUGUUUUGGGGAAAGUUCAGGGUCUGGCUGCCCAAGUCUUUUGGGACUGUCUGGCCAUAGUGGAAACUUGUUUGCAUGUUCCCCCUACCCCCACGCCGCAACUCCCCCCACCCAUCCCCCUGGUGUCUGGGCUGCGGAACUGAGACUGUUUGAGCCACUGGAUGCAGCGCCGGCCAUGCGGACUCCUGACAGCAAACUCCCACGGUUCGGCGCGCCUGCUCACAUUAGUGCGGCAACGCGUCAGCGAGCACGGAGCAAUCUGGGUUGUGCAAAGUGAACUACAGUGGCCGUGAAGUGGCAUAUGAAUAUAUUUUGCAAAAAAAAAAAAUUAAAAACAAAUACGAUUGCUUUCAUUGCUUUAUUUCGAAAGUGGGCAUUCUUCACUCUUUCCAGACCUCAGUAUAUAUAUUUUUAUCUUUUCUUUUCGGUCCUCUGUUGAUAGAGGUUAUGUUAAAUGCAAUCAGCUGGGCGCUAAGUGCAAAAAAGCUCUGUCUUGGUGCUUGUAACAAUAUAAUGGUUGUUUUUAUUUUCCUAACUUUGCUCUUGGGAGCAUUGAUCUGUAGCUUUAUGGUAGUGGAAUAUUUCUCAGCACAUACUGUCAAGAAAAUUUUACACUGUACAACUGAAGAUUGUUUUCAGGGUUAAAUGAUUGGUAUUAAUGUAUAUAAAGUUAUUGCAAGAUUUAAAAAUGAUUUUUCUUAACUUGGUGUCUUUUUAAAUACCCCUUGAAAAAAUAUAUGAAAAUGAUGAAACUUUCGUCAGAGUAAGCCAGUAUAUGGUACAAUGUAUUCUUUUAGAUGUAUAAUCAAGAGUCGAUUAUAAAUAUCAAUGACCUCAAGCUCUUACUAGCUCAGUGGUUUGAAAAGCAUGGCAGGCGGCUCCUGAACUGUUUGUUUUAAGUCGUGGAUGUGAUUCCACAGCCGACCGGCCAGGUGUGUUCCGUGAACGCACUCCGCCCUCCCCCCUGGCGCCGGACCGGGAUGACCAGAUGGGAAUCCAGGUCAUCGUGCCCAGCCCCUUAACAUGGUGCUUCUUCAUCCAGCCAUCUCAGAGCUUCCGUUGUGGUGCAGCAGAGUCGCAGCUUGCAAGGUGGCUAGGUUUCGAACGCUGUGCCUGAAAGUAUAAAAUCGGACAUGCUCAGAAUGAUCCUGAAACCUCUUACAUUGCCAAUAAAGUUCUGCGUGCAGUCUUA